UGCUCAGGUUCUAUAGCGAGAAGGGCCGUGUGGCGUCCAGCAGAAGCUCUGCCGUGCCAGCAACUGGACCUUGUACUGGGGAAGCAGUUCUGAGCCUCAGCCCACAGCAAAGCCCUGGCCUGCCCUCCUUCUGAUGUCCAGGGGAAACCAGACCACAUCCUCUGAAGCCAUGGGCCCUUCCCACUCUGCAGUCCUGUCCGCAAUGAGGCUCAGUCUGUGGUGGCUCCUUCUGAGCCCAGCAGGGUCAGCACAGCAAGCCUCUCAUACCCAAGCCGAGGACCGACUCUUCAAACACCUCUUUAGGGGCUACAACCGCUGGGCACGGCCAGUACCCAACACCUCAGACGUGGUGAUCGUGCGCUUUGGGCUGUCCAUUGCCCAGCUCAUCGAUGUGGAUGAGAAGAACCAAAUGAUGACCACCAAUGUCUGGCUAAAGCAGGAGUGGAAUGAUUACAAGCUGCACUGGAACCCGGCCGAUUUCGGCAACAUCACAUCCCUCCGGGUCCCUUCCGAGAUGAUCUGGAUCCCUGACAUUGUCCUCUACAACAAUGCAGAUGGGGAGUUUGCGGUGACCCACAUGACCAAGGCUCACCUCUUCUCCACGGGCACUGUGCACUGGGUGCCCCCCGCCAUCUACAAGAGCUCCUGCAGCAUCGACGUCACCUUCUUCCCCUUCGACCAGCAGAACUGCAAGAUGAAGUUUGGCUCCUGGACGUACGACAAGGCCAAGAUCGACCUGGAGCAGACAGAGCAGACGGUGGACCUGAAGGACUACUGGGAGAGCGGCGAGUGGGCCAUCAUCAAUGCCACGGGCACCUACAACACCAAGAAGUACGACUGCUGCGCCGAGAUCUAUCCCGACGUCACCUACUACUUCGUCAUCCGGCGCCUGCCCCUCUUCUACACCAUCAACCUCAUCAUCCCCUGCCUGCUCAUCUCCUGCCUCACGGUGCUUGUCUUCUACCUGCCCUCCGACUGUGGCGAGAAGAUCACGCUCUGCAUCUCCGUGCUGCUCUCGCUCACCGUCUUCCUCCUGCUCAUCACGGACAUCAUCCCCUCCACCUCCCUGGUCAUCCCGCUCAUCGGCGAGUACCUGCUCUUCACCAUGAUCUUCGUCACGCUCUCCAUCGUCAUCACGGUCUUUGUACUAAAUGUCCACCACCGCUCCCCCCGCACCCACACUAUGCCCCACUGGGUGCGGGUGGCCUUUCUGGGCUGUGUGCCCCGGUGGCUUCUGAUGAACCGGCCUGUGCCCCCUCUGGAGCCCCGUGACCCCCCAGAUCUGAAGCCCAGCUCCUCUCAUUACUGGCUGGAGACCAACGUGGAUGCGGAGGAGAGAGAGGAGGAAAAGGAGGAGGAAGACAGAUGGGGGUGGGCAGCUCACUUAUCCCCCUCCAUGGGUGUCCUCCGUGGCCACGGUGGUCUACAUCAGGGGGCCUCAGGGCCCAGGGUGGAGGUCCAGUUGCAGGAGGGCGGGCUUCUGCUGUCACCUCGCAUACAGAAGGCACUUGAAGGUGUGCACUAUAUUGCUGAUCACCUGCGAUCUGAGGAUGCUGACUCUUCGGUGAAGGAAGACUGGAAGUAUGUGGCCAUGGUCAUUGAUAGGAUAUUCCUCUGGUUGUUUAUCAUCGUCUGCUUCCUGGGGACCAUUGGACUCUUUCUCCCUCCAUUCCUGGCUGGAAUGAUCUGAUUUCCUGUUCCUUGUUUUGGCCCAAAGGCGGCACUGCUUGACCAUCUUUAACCGCUGUCCCCUCUAGAGAACACCUUUGGGGUCAACACCAUCUGCCUGCAGGUGCCUCUCUGUGGAGUGCCUACACUGGCCUAAUCAUCAAAGACUCCUUGGGUCAAUUCACUUGACGUUACUGUAUUAUGUGCUGAGAAUCUGCUGGGCACAGAGCCCUGCUUUGGAUGCUGACGAGCUAGGAAAUAAGGAACUUGCUUUGAAGAAGAUUACAAUAUGGUGGUGACUGUGUGAAGCCACAUAAGAUUCUCUGGCAGGGGCCAGGAAGACACUAACAGGAGGUCCAAGCGGAGUGAUCCAGCGGGGAGAGGCACAGACCUCAAAGGAUGGGUGCAUGGGGAAGAGGGGAGAGGGUGCUUCUGGGGGUGGAAAGGCUGUGAACAGCACUUUGGAUUCAGGAAUGAGCACGAAGUGUCUAGGAGAACGGGCAGGCUGAGAUGAGGCUCCGGAGUGGGAGCAGUGGGAGGAGGUUGGAAAGGCAGGUUAGGGUGUCUUUGAACCAUGUAGAAAAACAAGUUCACAGUCUGAUCCUGCAGGUCUAACAGUAGGAUGGUAAAGACUCUUCUGGAAGGAGAGAAAGGGGGAAGUGGGGCCACAGGUGGCGGUAUAGGUUAGGGCCUCUAAGUGGUGGAGGGAUGUGUGGUUGGAUGCAGGUAGCUGGGCCAUCCCACCUUCCUGGA